AUGGCUAUCGAUAGCGAGAGCACGCCUCACGACAUGUCCGAGCCGAAGACGGUCAGUGACACCACAUCGCCGAACACUGACCCGACUUCCCUCGGAGACAAGGACAAGGACGAGUCUCACCCUCGGAAGCGCCAGCGCGUCCGCCUGUCCUGUCUCGAGUGCCGUCGGAGGAAGCUGUCGUGCGACCGAGGCUUCCCCUGUGAGCGAUGCAUCAAGUCUGGCACUCCCGAGAGAUGCACCUAUGAGACACGGCCCGGCCUCGCGCCUCCCGCCAAGAACGGCCUGUCCCAGGGCGCUCUCUCGGCCUUUGACUCUCGUCUGUCAUUCUCAAACAGCAGCUUGGAUCUUUCUCUCUAUCGGAAGGAUUCGACAAGGGAUCAUGACCGAAUCCGCAGGCUCGAGCUCGAGGUAGUGCAGCUCAAGAACCUACUCGAGAAGCGUCAGGGCUCGGAGGAUGGUGGCCACUUCGCCGAUAUGUCCACGGCUAGCCACCGGCCGCCGUCGAGAGAUGUCGUCAAGGAGACGCCCAUACCUCAAUUCGUCCAGCAACACCAGCAAGCAGGCGCCGACGAUGAUGAAUUGCGUUUCUUCAGAGGCAAGGAGUUCAAGACGAGGUAUUUCGGACCCCAUAAUGCAUGCAUGGCCUUCAGUGAACUCACGGGGUUGACCCCUUUCAUGAAAGAAACUGCCGAGGAAUGGCUGAAGCCGCUUCACUUCAAGACCAAGGAUCGUGGGAAGCGGAAGAGGGAGCGCGAGGAGAGGUUCGCGCAAUCCAGUCCCGAAUUGGAGGCUUUGCUCCCCACCCGGGAGGAAACCGAUGCCCUGGUCUCUGUCUACCUCGACCAGUUCGAACAAGUCCACAGGAUCGUCCACGUCCCGAGCUUCCGCAAGGAAUAUGCAAAGUUUUGGGACCCUGCUGUGCCUCGGUAUGCGGCUUUCACAGCUCUUGUCCUGGCUAUGAUGUCCAUUUCAAGCUGCUUGCACGGCAACACAACGGGCAAAUACGUCGGCAUGGUGUCCCACUCGCAUCACAUGGCUGUGAAUUGGGUCAAGGCCUGUGAGGACUGGCAUCAGCAUCAGAGCCAGAAGCACCGAAAGCUCAUCCACUACCAGAUUGUCUGCAUGAUCUACUUGGCGAAGCGUGUCAACACCAUCAAGAAGAAGAGGUUUUGGAAAGACGCAGGCGCACUCGUCCAAGACUGUGUAUCUGUUGGCCUGCACCGGGAUCCGAGCCACAUUCAUGACAACAUCUCCGUGUACAACCAGGAGAUGAGAAGGCGCAUCUGGGCCACCAUUGUCGAGUUUGACAUGCAGGCUUCGUGCGACCAUGGCCUGCCUUCGCUCCUCAGUUCCCUCCACACCGAUGUUGAGCCGCCCAGCAACGUGGAUGACGAUGACUUCGACGAGGAUACAACCGAGCUACCCGAGUCCAAACCGGCGGACCAUUAUACCUACUCUUCGUAUCAGUAUAUCAGUCGUCAGAGCCUCCCGCUCCGACUGGAGCUGAGCCGCGUGCUGACUGGACGCCCCGACGAGCUCGAUUAUGAGCAGGUCAUUCGAUAUACGAACGACAUCACUCAAGAGAUUGACUCGCUCCCUUCUUGGGAUAUUAAUGCCGAUAAGGACUCGGAAAGCAAGCGCAAACCGCUCCUCGCCUAUACUCUUCUGCACGUCCAGUUGAGGCAGUACAUCAUUCCGCUGCACCAGCCCUACCUCAAACUCCGAAAGACGAACUCGAAGUACCAAUACUCGGAAAUCAUCUACUACAACGCUGCUCGUGAUAUGGUCCUCUUGCAUGACAAACUCACAGAGCAAGGGGUCCGCACUCUCAAUUUCCUGCGCGAGGAUGCGCUCACCCUGUCUAUCAAUCUUUGCAGUGUGACCAUGUUGCAAUCUAGAGGAUCGACAAACAUGAUCAUGGUGAAUGCGCAGCACACCAUAAAACUCCUGGAGAAGUGUUUGGCGAUGAAGGAGGAUCGUAUAAUCCGCUGCGGGAACGACGAGCCCUGGGGAUACUCUAUCAUGUGUGCGGCGUUUGGUCUCUUGGAAGCACACCUCGGCGAAAAAUCACCAGAGCAAGCCAAGGCGUCUUCGGCAGAGCGCUUCAUCAACCUCCACUACAGGCUUCUGGCAUGGCAGGAGCCACCGAAUCCGAGCCUCGGGCAGGGACAGGGCUUGGGCCCGAGCCAGGGCCCGGUCCCGCCCCCUCAAUGGAACAAGGGCAUAGUCGAGCCUCCUCCGGACAGACAGAAGUCCAUGACUCCUCUCUUCCCUGCCUCUCAAGCUUCAAUGGCCUCUAGCGACGGAGCCCUUCCUGUGCCCUGGUGGCUACCAAAUGCUACCCCUGCAGCUAUUCCUCCCUCACAACCCAUCAACCCCGACUUCAGCUUCGAACUUUUGGGUCUGAAUUUGAACGAGCUCUGGGGAGACUACUCUUACGAGGACUUCUCCUGA